CGCGAGCCCCGAGGGUCCCGCACGUCCAACAGCUCCGGCGCAGCGCGUCCCGCCGAGCGCAGCAGGACCCACACGCCAUGAGCGUCUGCACAGGGCGCUGAGCGGUGGCUGAGAUGUUGGGGCGCGGGGCUCGGGGCUCCGGUUGGGGGUUGCUGCUGGCGCUGCUGCUGGCGCUGGGAGUGCUGCCGCGGGUGCGGGGCGUCGAGGAGCCUGGCAGCGCGCACGAAGAGAGCCAGGGUUUCCAGGUGGUCACCUUCAAAUGGCCCCAUGUCCGGGACCCGUACAUCAUCGCGCUGUGGAUCCUCGUGGCCAGCUUGGCCAAGAUCGGCUUCCAUCUGUCGCACAAGGUCACCAGCGUCGUCCCCGAGAGUGUGCUGCUCAUCGUGUUGGGCCUGGUGCUGGGCGGCAUCGUCUGGGCAGCUGACCACAUUGCCUCCUUCACGCUGACGCCCACCGUCUUCUUCUUCUACCUGCUGCCCCCCAUCGUGCUGGACGCCGGCUACUUCAUGCCCAACCGGCUCUUCUUCGGAAACCUGGGCACCAUCCUGCUGUACGCCGUCAUCGGCACCGUGUGGAACGCGGCCACCACCGGGCUGUCCCUCUACGGCGUCUUCCUCAGCGGCCUGAUGGGAGACCUGAAAGUUGGGCUGCUGGAUUUCCUCCUGUUCGGCAGCCUGAUCGCCGCCGUGGACCCGGUGGCCGUCCUGGCCGUGUUCGAGGAGGUGCACGUCAACGAGGUCCUGUUCAUCAUCGUCUUUGGGGAGUCACUGCUGAACGACGCCGUCACUGUGGUCCUCUACAACGUGUUUGAAUCUUUCGUGACACUGGGUGGUGACAAGGUGACUGGAGUGGAUUGCGUGAAAGGCAUAGUGUCCUUCUUCGUGGUGAGCCUGGGGGGCACGCUGGUGGGGGUGCUUUUCGCCUUCCUGCUCUCGCUGGUGACCCGCUUCACCAAGCACGUGCGCAUCAUCGAGCCGGGCUUCGUGUUCGUCAUCUCCUAUUUGUCCUACCUCACGUCCGAGAUGCUGUCGCUGUCAGCCAUCCUGGCCAUCACCUUCUGUGGCAUCUGCUGUCAGAAGUACGUGAAGGCGAACAUCUCUGAGCAGUCAGCCACCACCGUGCGCUACACCAUGAAGAUGCUGGCCAGUGGGGCGGAGACCAUCAUCUUCAUGUUCCUGGGCAUCUCAGCCGUGAACCCCCUCAUCUGGAAGUGGAACACAGCCUUUGUGCUCCUGACACUGGUCUUCAUCUCUGUGUACCGGGCCAUUGGUGUCGUCCUGCAGACCUGGGUCUUGAACCGGUACCGGAUGGUGCAGCUGGAGAUCAUAGACCAGGUGGUCAUGUCCUAUGGUGGCCUGCGCGGAGCCGUGGCCUUUGCUCUGGUUGUCCUUCUGGACGAGAAGAAGGUGAAGGAGAGGAACCUGUUCGUCAGCACGACCAUCAUCGUGGUCUUUUUCACGGUCAUCUUCCAGGGCCUGACCAUCAAGCCCCUGGUGCAGUGGCUGAAGGUGAAAAGGAGUGAGCAUCGAGAGCCCAAACUCAACGAGAAGCUGCACGGCCGGGCUUUCGACCACAUCCUUUCAGCCAUUGAGGACAUAUCAGGGCAAAUUGGACACAAUUAUCUCAGAGAUAAGUGGUCCAAUUUUGAUAGGAAAUUCCUCAGCAAAAUCCUUAUGAGAAGGUCGGCUCAGAAGUCACGAGAUCGGAUUCUGAAUGUUUUCCAUGAACUCAACUUGAAAGAUGCCAUUAGCUAUGUGGCUGAGGGAGAGCGCCGUGGGUCCCUGGCCUUCAUCCGCUCCCCCAGCACCGACAACAUGGUCAAUGUGGACUUCAGCACACCACGGCCCUCAACCGUGGAGGCCUCUGUCUCCUACCUCCUGAGGGAGAACGUCAGCGCGGUGUGCCUGGACAUGCAGUCCCUGGAACAGAGGAGGAGGAGCAUCCGUGACACAGAGGACAUGGUCACUCACCACACCCUGCAGCAGUACCUGUACAAGCCUCGGCAGGAGUACAAGCAUCUCUACAGUCGGCAUGAGCUGACCCCGAGCGAGGACGAGAAGCAGGACAAGGAGAUCUUCCACAGGACCAUGCGGAAGCGCUUGGAGUCCUUCAAGUCCGCCAAGCUGGGGAUCAACCAGAACAAGAAGGCGGCAAAACUCUACAAGAGGGAACGCGCCCAGAAACGGAGGAACAGCAGUAUCCCCAACGGGAAACUGCCCACGGAGAGCCCCAUGGACAACUUCACCAUUAAGGAGAAAGAUUUGGAACUUUCAGAACCAGAGGAGGCCCCGGACUACGGUGCUGAAAUGGGUGGGGGGAUCGAGUUCCUGGCAAACAUCACGCAAGAUGCCACGGCAACAGACUCCCCCUCAGGGAUUGACAACCCCGUGUUCUCCCCGGAUGAGGACCUGAGCAUCCUCUCCAGGGUGCCACCCUGGCUGUCCCCUGGGGAGACGGUGGUGCCCUCCCAGAGGGCCCGUGUGCAGAUCCCCUGCUCUCCGGGCAACUUCCGCCGCCUGGCGCCCUUCCGCCUCAGCAACAAGUCCGUGGACUCCUUUCUGCAGGCCGAUGGCCCCAGUGGCCCCGAUGGCUCCGAGGAGCAGCCCCACAAGACCCUCCCUGAGUCCACGCACAUGUGACACGGGCUCCGACGUGCCGCUGACCGGACGCUCGUCCCCUCCCGCCGCCGAGAAGCCCCCGCUUCCCGCGCGGUCCCCGCGCCAGCGCGCCCUGAGCCCGGCCCCGCCCGCCGAGGGCCCGCCCGCCGAGGCCCCGCCCACCGCCCCGUCCGACCGCGAGCCGGGCGCGGGGCCGGAGCGCCGCGGACUCCCGGGCGCGCAUGCGCGGUCGGCGGCGGCGCGCCGCGUGCACAGCCGGCGCUCUUUCCAGCGGCCCCCGCGCGCGCCGCCCCGCGCUGCUCAAGCUCGCGUCCCUGCCGCCGUCGUGCCACGCGCCGCCGCACGCGCUGGAGCAGGAGGAGACGCCGCUGUGACGGCCAGGCCCCGGGGUCUCCCCCAGCCGGAGUCUAGGUGCUGGCAUAGGGCAGCAAGCCGGACUCGCCGGUUCAGAAUCCGUCCCAGGGGACCGAGUGUGCCACGAGGCCUGACCCUUGGAAUUCCUUGGAGCCACCUGCAGAGAGGCCCCUGCAGAGAGGCCCCUGUGGGCUAGGAAGUGGAGCGUGGCAGAGCCUCUAACAGCUGCCGGGCGGUCUGGGCCCGUGCCCUUGCCCCGAGACUCUGCUGUGGGCCCUUCUGUGCACCUGCCGUGGUUCUGAAGCCUGCCGGCACUUGGGUGUCAUUGCCACCCCGACUUAGAGUCAGGAAGGGCCCUGGGUAUCCAGAAGUGGGCUCUGGGUUCGAGUUCUUGCCACUUCGUGUCCACUAUCUCAUCAACACUGCCAGGGACACUGAGACCAGAUGCCAGCCCACCUUCCGGGCCCCGCAGGGCUCUCACCCCCAGGGAGGCAGGAGCCCUGAUUCCAGGAGCAGUUUGCAGGCGGAGGGGUUGGCCCUGCGUGAUGUCUUAACAUACACUUAGCAGUUCUUUGAUCUACCUGUCACCUUAGGGACACCUUAGGUACAAUUGCAGAAACAUCUUUUGUUUAUCCUUUUUGUGUUGUGACUUCUGGAGCCCAGCACUGGUCUGGCUCUGGCCCAGGCGUCAAUGUGGCGGCCCCUGGUCUGCGGGUGUUGCCCCAUGCCCAACACCUGGUCUCUGGCCUUAGCCGUCCUACCUGACACUGGGAGAGGUUGCACUGGCCGUGUGGGCAGGUCUACACAGCUCCCGCUGAGUAGAGUGGGCCUUCACUUAGCAAGCAGCUCAACAGGGCCCGGGCCAGGUGGGGUGGGAAGCUGCUCUUUCCUGGAGAGCCAAGGGACUUGGAGCAGGGCUCAGAGCCUCACAGGACCCUCUGGGCCUGCCCUGAGAAUGUUGUAGCCCAGACUGCUCCUCACCCCCUCCAGGGUCUCAGGGACAUGGCUUUGGACAGAGCUGCACCCUCUGCCCCCCAUCCUCUGGAGGGAGACCACUGUCUGGCUCUCCUAUGGGGGCAGCAGACAGGAGGCUGGGGUGAGGAGGCUGCCACAGUAGUCCAGGGAAGAGGCCCUCAUCUGCCCUCGCCUGUUCCUCAGAAAGAGGAAGUAAAGAUCAGAGGAAUGUGGGCCUUAGGAUGGACACUACUAGAAGCUUUUCUGAAGAGGCCCAGCUCAGCUCUGCUCAGGAAAGUAUUUGUGCUGUGCUGUGACCGACUUCUGAUGGUGGAAAUUCUCACAGCCGUCACUGGCGAGGCCUGAUAGCACUUCGUAGUGUUCACUGAGACCCUGGUGGAAAGUCGGUACAACCUACUGUCCCUUUGCUGUUGAGAAAAACAGGGACUAGUCACUGUGGCAUCUGCUCAGCAACACAAAGCUCUUGACCCUGGGGCAGCAGAUCUGCUCAUUACCUAAAUCACACACACGGGGGUGGUGUUUGGUUUUCUUUCUGUAGGUAUUCCCCCACACUGUGCAACCAUUUUGACAAACUCUGUGAGCACAAAAUCCAGCCAUUAUCGGGGCAACAAAACCUGCCGGUUAGUGAGCCCGACUGAGCUGCAGCAACCACGCACACCUCCAGGAAGGCACACGCUCUGCCCACUCCCUGCAGAGUGGUUCGUCCAGAUCAAGCCAAGCCCUGCCGCACUGAGCUCCCCAGGGUCCACAGCCCAGCUGGUCCGGCAUCUCCAGCUGCCUUAACAACUCACCUGGACCUCUGGACCCGGAUCCAAUUCCCAGCUGCGGAGCUAGAGGCUGAGCUGGGGAAAGCGGCUCGGAGGUCCCUCCAUCAACACCAGAAAUAGUAAACCGGCGGGUGAUGCCUCUGUUUGACAAAUGUCUCAUGGCUCAGGUGGAACUGAAGUUCUAGGUGGGAAACCUCCUUUGCAGAAUCCCACAUUUCAAUGCUCACGAGAGAAGUUUGGUGUUUCCUCUGUGGACAGUCUUAUGCUCCGUAGUGCUGUGGAUACAUUUCAUAAAUGAGAAUCCUAGCUGUUCUUGUCAUUGUAAAACAGAAAGUAAACAAAGUCUUAUGAAUGUAUUUCCUUAGGAAAACUGUUGUAAAAUUUUUUAUUAUAAAAGAAUUCCUAUUUAUUUAAUACUGAAUUUUGGCCUACUUUAUGGUAGACUAUAAAGAACACAAAUGUAGGAGUUGCUAUUUCUCACCUAUUUUCUUGAAAAUAAUUUUGUUACAGUGCUUAUAUACUGUGUACUAGUGAUCUUCUAUUGUGAAAGGAGAUUUAAAGAAUUUCAUUGAAAUUCGAAAUGUACGUUAAGUUAGGAGUGGUGAAAAUUGUGUGUUAAUUUUGUGAAUGUAAUUUUAGUCAAAUUUUGUGUAACCCUGACCACAGAACAAUGUGCCUUACAGGGCCCCCUGGAUGUGCUGGGCAGGGGCCCUGUCACAGACCCUGUCACACCUGCAUGAUCAAGUCUAUUAAAAAUGU